AUGUGUGAUAUCUUGUGGCAGGAUAGCGAGAAUUUUGUCGAUGACGGGAUUCAGAUUGAGCCUUUCAACCUAGAUAAAGAAAGGGAAGAAGGUUAUUUUCAUGCAGCAGCCAAUUUUGUUGAAUAUGUAAGAGAGAAUGAGAUUAAGGAUGCAUGGCUUGAUAAUAUUGAAUUUGAUCCAAAAUAUUCUGCAUUAAAAUCUGUACCAACUAAUGAUGUGGAUGAGGGCAUGCCUGACCUUUCUUCUAAAGAUAUUGCCAUCAUGAAGAGGCGGAUUGCAAAUGUUCUUGAACCUGGGGAAACGGCAAUCAUUGGUUUUUUAUGUGGCCAAGGAGUUGUGGAAUUUCUUGCUAAGGAAGGAUAUGAGAAGUUAGCCCGGGCAAAAGAAGGCCCAUCAAAUCAACAUUUGGCUAGUGGAGAAGCCUCUAGCACUGGUGAAGGUGAUUAUGAUAUGUUUGCUGACGAGGAUGAUAACAGUAAGCCAUCUACAGAUGAAAAUAAUACAGUUAGUCAAUCUUCAUCGGACGCCAUAUUGUGUGGAGGAAUUAAGUGUUGCAACAUUUAA